CUUUGAUUGCCUAUAUUAAACAUCAGUUCCCAUCACUGUUAAUAGUUGUGCUGUCAUAACAUAACUUCUUUUGAUCUCAGUUAUACAUCAUCUCACAAUCUAAUUUCCCUUAUGGAAGGAACAGGUAAGAAGAAGAAAAGCAUAACAGUGGGAUCAUGGGGAGGAAAUGGAGGGAAAAGCUGGGAUGAUGGGCACUUCACAGGAGUGAGAGAAAUCACAUUAGUUUAUGAUCGCUGUAUAGACUCGAUCCGUGUGGUUUAUGAUAAGAAUGGAAAGCCUUUCACUGCUGAAAAACAUGGAGGAGUUGGAGGCAAAAGAACAGCUGAGAUUAAGCUGCAAUAUCCAGAUGAGUACUUGAUCAGUGUUAGUGGUCACUACUGUCCGGUUGUGCGUGGUGGCACCCCAGUUAUUCGGUCCUUGACGUUCAAGAGCAACCGCAGAACGUUUGGACCAUACGGAGUUGAAGAAGGCACCCCAUUCACCUUCUCAGUAGAUGGAGGGCAAGUUGUGGGGUUUAAGGGGCGAAGCGAUUGGUAUUUGGAUUCGCUUACAUUCACGUUGGCAAGUGCACCGUCGUCAAAGUCGCUGAUGAACAAGGUUCAGAGAGGCUUGUACAGGCUUACAAGCACUGCUCCAAGAUCUACGUCUCUGAAGGAGAACCAGUAAGAACAUAGGGAAUUUAGUACUCAGAGUGUGGAUAUCUUAUGCAGUUAUGUUUGUGAAUUGUGAUCUUAAACUUUCGUUUUUCUUUACUAGUUUAUGUAAGGAAUAUCGUCUGGUUUGAGAAUAAAAUAUAGUCUAUGUGAAACGAGGAUAUUGUGAUGUUAGCUAACAAGCCAUAACAAAAUAAAAUUGUGUUUUG